UUCAGUCAGUGUGCGUGGUGCGCUCGUCACGUCAUGGCGAGGUCUGUUCUCAGUUUGCUCUCUCUGUGCCUUACAAUCCUCGUGUUCGCCACAGGAUAUCCCACAGACAAAGAUGAGCCAAGGCUGAGAGCACUGCUGCCUCAACACGAUGCUGUACGAGAGGCCCAGCAUGAGCUGAUGGAAAAUGCACCACAAACUGCCCAGCUGCAGUUUGCUGUAAGGAGGAAGCGGUUCACUGACACUACAGCACCUCUAGACAUGUUGGCUGAGGCCAGUGAGGCAGCGAAGGAGACAGAACCAGUCGCAGACAGUCAACACUUCUUCCCCUCCUUCUCUCCUCUGUUCCAUCCACUCGGUCACUCAAGACCACCAUUCUACCAGGAGCAAACUUUCAAUCCCAGGGCUGCUUACAAGCCUCACGAUAACUUCGGCUAUGGCUCUGGGUCAUUCAGAGACUAUUCCUUCCCUCAGGCCACAGCAGAAAGUGAGAGAAGUGCCAAUGUUCUCGGGUCAGGUAACUUUGGAGUCUUGCGUGGAGGCACUUACUACCCUGGGGAAAACGAUGAGCUUUUGAACGACGAUAUUUACAAUAACUAUUACAACAACGGACACGGACGACCCUCUUUCUACCCGGCCAACCCUCUUCCCUCGUUCAGACAAGGUGGUGACUUUUUUGCGAAUUUCAAAGAUUUUGCAGACAUUAGCACCCCGACAAAAUCGUCUUACUCAGAGUUUUAUGUUGUUUAUGUGAAUCCAAACGCAACAAAUCCUGAACAUCAUUCGGAUUCCAGUUCUCAUGGUUCCGCACCUAGGAAUAUUUUUGAACAGCUACAAAUCGCCGAUGCAGAAGAAAGGCCACAAAAGAAACUCUCCAAGGCAAAAUUAAAACUUGAGAAAUUCAAAACACAUGAGCAAACUAAAGAGUUUUCAAAGAAACAGAAAGUGCAAUCAUCACCAAAAGAGAUGUACGAGCCUUUGUUGGCACUGAGUUGAGUUAAGAGAAAAUAUGGGAGGAUGUGACACCUUGCACCUAUGGAUAGGUUGGUUGAUUGUAUCAACCAUAACAGGUUGGUUCUUGUGAUGCUGAAACUGUACCUGUUGAAUAAAUUUUAUGUAAGUAUGGAGGAUAACGUGCCAACCAAAGUUAAAUUUGUUAAAGACACAUAUUUGUUUACAUAUUGUUGGGUAAAAAUGGAAGUGCAUUCUGUUUAACAGUUAGAGAUCUAUAAAAUUAAUUGUUUUACUUUCAUUACCUACCUUUAAAAUAGAUGACAUUGUCACAAAUUCACGAAGGACACUGAUGUUGACUUUUAUGGACUUAAAUAAUUCAUCCCCUUAAAAAAAACUGUUAAAGAUGGUAAUGAAUAAUUAUUUGAUUGUUUCUUUAUUUAAAUUUUAAAGAAUUGUAUUACUUAAGCAAAUAAAUAUGUUAAGGUCACAUCAAAUUUAUGGGAAUGAGAACUAAAUUAUUACUGAAUUAAUUUUAACAUUUUUCACACAGAUACUGAACAUUUGAUGACUUUUAGGAUUUUACUGUACAAUACUUGUUAAUACGGUUAUCAUUUGUAUAAAACUGACAACAUAAGUUAAGCCUUCUUGAAACAAUCUUACCAUAAGAUAGAUGUGUAUAUGCGUGUGAAAAUGUAUCAAGGCAACUCAUUGAGCUCUAAAUAUAUAGAGGAAUAACUUAUAACAAAAUACAUAUUUUAGUUGUCAUUUAGUUGAUUGUUAAUUUGAUUGAAACAACCCUGACAAAAUUAAGGAAAUAACUUGUUUUAUAAAUUUGUCAUCUUUUUGAGAUCUGAGAUGUAUAUAAUUUUUUUUAAUGCAUCCUAAAUAAUAAGUACGAGCUGUAAAAUAUAAAAUGUAAGAUAAGGUAUGUAUAACAAAAAAAUGUUAAAUGCAUCAGGUCUUAUCUAAUUUUCUUAGAAAAAUCUAUGUUUUGAUCAGAAAUUUAUAAAUCCUUUUAUAACACAGCUGUAAUAGCUUCUAAGAACAGUAGUCGAAUGCAAAUCAUACACUGUAAUAGAUUUAAUUUAUAAACAUAACACUUGUGUUAUUCUGUUAAUAUGUAAAUAAAACUGUUAUAUAAUU